CCUUGACUUAAAUUAAGCAUCCGACCGUGUGAAUCUAUUCUGAACGGACCAACCAUGGCCCCAGCAUCAGACCCCUGCUCUUUCUCCUCUUUUACCAAAUGCGCUACCAAACACCUGAACUUGACCUACCACGUGGAUUUUGACAGCCAUGUUCUCAAAGGGAAAGUGGCUCUCACUAUUGAGGUUCUGGAGAACAAAUUUACGUCUCUGAUUCUUGACUCCCGCGAUUUGAAGAUCUCCUCGGUGACAGCCAAUGGCCAGGCCGCUAAAUUCGCCCUGGGACCGCAGCACAGCUUCAAGGGGUCCCCUCUCGAGAUCACGCUGCCCUUUGAACUCUCCAGGGGUCAGCAUGUGAUUGUGGAGGUCACCUAUGAGACGUCUCCUAAGGCGUCUGCCCUGCAGUGGCUCACCCCCACCCAGACUGCUGGCAAGAAACACCCCUACCUCUUCAGCCAGUGCCAGGCCACCCACUGCAGAAGCAUGGUCCCUUGUCAGGAUACACCUUCAGUGAAGCAUACCUACUACGCUCAGGUGUCUGUGCCCAAGGAGCUGGUGGCAGUGAUGAGUGCCAUGCGUGAUGGACAGGAUGCUGAUCCCCAUGACAACAGCAGGAUCAUCUACCGCUUCAGGCAGCCGGUCCCGAUGCCUUCCUAUCUCAUUGCCAUUGUGGUUGGAGCCCUGGAGAGCAGGGAGAUCGGGCCCCGCACCAGGGUGUGGUCUGAGAAGGAGUAUGUAGAUCUGGCAGCGUUUGAGUUCUCAGAGACGGAGUCCAUGUUGAAGACUGCUGAGUCCCUGGCGGGGCCGUACGUGUGGGGUCAGUAUGACAUCCUGGUGCUCCCUCCAUCUUUCCCCUACGGAGGAAUGGAGAACCCCUGCCUCACAUUCGCCACGCCCACACUGUUGGCUGGAGACAAGUCCCUGUCCAACGUCAUUGCUCAUGAAAUCUCGCACAGCUGGACAGGCAACUUGGUGACCAAUAAGACCUGGGAGCACUUCUGGCUGAAUGAGGGCCACACUGUGUAUCUGGAGAGAAUGAUCGGCCGCUGUAUGGAGAGUGAGCAGUUCAGACAGUUCAAAGCCAUGGGCGGCUGGAAGGAACUGCAAGAGUCUGUGAACACGUUUGGGGCGAACAGCGCCCUGACCAACCUGGUUCCCGACCUGACGGAGGUGGACCCCGACGUGGCCUUCUCCUCUGUGCCUUAUGAGAAGGGCUUCGCUCUCCUCUACCACCUGGAGGAGCUCAUGGGAGGACCAGAGGUGUUCAUGGGCUUUGUGAAGUCCUACAUCCAGCUCUUCGCCUACGGCAGCGUGACCACGGAGGAGUGGAAGACCUACCUCUUCACCUACUUCAAAGACAAGGUGGAUAUCUUAAAUAAGGUGGACUGGAAUGGCUGGAUGCACACGCCUGGAAUGCCCCCAGUCAAACCCCAGUAUGACACCACCAUGGCAGACGCCUGCAUCGCUCUCUGUCAGAAAUGGGUUAAGGCCAAAGAGGGCGAUCUGUCCGGUUUCAGUGCUGCGGAUAUGAAGGCCCUGUCCUCACACCAGGUCAUUGAGUUCCUGUCUCUGCUGCUGCAGGAGGAGGGCCUUCCUCUGUCCCACGUGAAGAGGAUGCAGGAGGUGUACGACAUGAACGCCAUCAAGAACUCAGAGAUCCGCUUCAGAUGGUUGCGCUUGUGUGUGAAGUCUCACUGGGAGGAUUCCGUCGCCAUGGCGCUGCAGAUGGCCACAGAGCAGGGGAGGAUGAAGUUCACACGGCCUCUCUUCCGGGAGGUAUACACCUGGGAGAAGCACCGUGACCUGGCGGUGAAGACCUUCCUGGAGAACCGCGCUGCGAUGCACUUCGUCACGGCCAUGCUGGUGGCCAAGGACCUGAAGGUGGACCAGGACCAGAGCACCGGCCUGUAACUGCCCCGCGGCGCAUGUGCCCCCUGCAGGCGGGCGCAGCCAUGGACGUGCCCAGCUCCGCAUGUGCCCACUGCUGGCGGGCACAGGCGGGCGCAGCCAUGGACGUGCCCAACCAUGUUCCCCUGAAAAACAAGCUUGCAUUUCUACGUUUGCUGACGAAAAAAAUAAUAAUAAUCAAGCGCUUCUCUGAAUCAUGCAUCAGGCCCACUGUGUAGUCAUCUAAUGCCUCUGACACGCCUUCUCUCUCAUUCCAUUCACACUCUCCUCUCUCCCACACACACAGAGACAUGCACAGCAGUUAAUGAUAUCUGUGCAAACACAGUAUUAAACGAUCAACACGUUUUUUCAGUAUGGAUGAAAUGGAAUGUCUGCCUUUUAGGUUUCACUUGUUAACCUCUCAAAUCUGUGGGAUACUUAUAAACCUCACGGUUGUCUGAGCUACACUGGUGUGUGUGUGUGUGUGUGUGUGUGUGUGUGUGUGUGUGUGUGUGUGUGUGUGUGUGUGUGUGUGUGUGUGUGUGUGUGUGUGUGUGUGUUUAAUGGAGGUCCAGUACUCAGUAUCUCAGGGCAGACUUCUCUGUUCAGUAUUACCACCUCGUAGGCAUUCUUCCGCUUCUUCUACUGAGUAUCUGUGCAGAAGUGUGGCAUCAAAGCACUGUUUUUAUCAUUUUUUUUAAAUCUGUCAAACAACAACAAAAUAAAUACUUGACUAAA